GGAGCCCGAGCUUCCUCCACAGCUGAGGAUGUGUCACUCUCAGCCCGAGAGCAAAACAACAGUUUGGACCGAAUUUCUCUCUGAUUUUACCCACAUUUAUUCAUUUUUCUAACAUUUGAAAACCGCCUGCACCUUGUAGGUAACACAUAAACGGGUUUAUAAUUUUAGGCGAGCAUUUAGAGCCGCAGAAACACUGUAUUUUACUGUAUUUGCUGCGUUUUUUGGCGCUCCUGCUGCUGCUGCUCCUUAAUGCCCCAGCCCGGGGCAGAUUAGCCACAGGCUGAGCUUUGCCUCGCCGUGUAAGGAUGUCCUGCUGUCUGCAGGACUUCUGUCGGGUCCAGGAGCUCCGGCAGGUCCGGGAGUUCCUCUUCCCCAGCCAGAAGCCAGCUGCUGCGGGGCCGGCGGAGAGCAAAGACCCAGCAGAGAAUGAGUUGACGUGGGAUGACUCAGACUGGGGAUCGUGGGAGACGUCAGCAGAGAAUAAAGAAGAUGGAGAGACGGCUGAAGAAGAGGUACAGCAUGGGCCGUGGCUGCAGGACUGUGUUCUCUCUAUCUCUCCGUGCUCAGACCUCAUGGUCAUCGCUCGAGAACAUAAGGCUGCAUUUCUCUCUGCUAAAUGGCAGAAUGAUGACUCUGGGAGGGAGGAGAUGACCCUGGCAGUGUCCUGGAGUGGUAUGCUGAACGCUGAAGAGGGAGAAUGUGUGAGCAGUGUCAUUUGCAUACCAUUGGCCAGCCAGAAGAGAAGUUCCACAGGACGUCCUGACUGGACCUGUAUUGUGGUUGGGUUUAGCUCUGGAUACGUUCGCUUCUACACAGAGAACGGUGUUCUGCUUUUGGCUCAGCUGCUGAAUGAAGAUCCUGUUCUUAGACUGAAGUGUCGGACAUAUGAGAUCCCACGCCAUCCUGGAGUUACUGAGCAGCAUGAGGAGCUGAGCAUCCUGUACCCCACCGCUCUGGUCACUAUCGAUGGCUUCAGCCUCUUUCAGUCUCUACGUGCCUGCAGGAACCAGGUGGCUAGAGCUGCUGCAGCAGGAAGUGAUGUCGUACAGCCUCCCCCACUUGCUUAUAAGAAGUGGGGCCUGCAGGACAUGGACACCAUCAUAGACCACAGCAGUGUGGGCAUUAUGACACUGAACGUGUUUGAUCAGAUGAAGAAUGCCUCGAUCCUCGGGGGAUUCCACGCCUCAGUGAAAGGCAGCCCUCCUGCCAUGAGUCAAUAUAUAACUGUGGGAGGUGGACCUUUCACUGGUUUCUACUAUGCUGUGGAGGGCAGUUCUCAGCCUCUUCUCUCCCAUGUGGCUCUUGCCGUGGCCAGUAAACUCACAUCAGCCCUGUUCAGUGCUGCCAGUGGAUGGUUGGGGUGGAAGAACAAGAAUGAGGAGGAGCCAGCUCAAAAACAGAAGCCUAAAGUGGAGCCCGCCACGCCCCUUCCUGUUCGAUUUGGCUUGCCUGACUCUCGUCGCCAUGGCGAGUCCAUCUGCCUGUCGCCAUGCAACACCAUGGCAGGUGUAACGGAUGACUUUGGUAGAGUGACGCUGCUGGAUGUGGCACGUGGCAUAGCCAUCCGCAUGUGGAAGGGUUACCGUGAUGCCCAGCUGGGCUGGGUGCAGGUGUCUGAAGCUCGGGGAGAGAGAGAGAUCGCCACUUCCCCCUCCAUGCCCCGCCGACACGCACAGUUCCUUGUUAUUUACGCCCCCCGAAGAGGCAUCCUGGAGGUGUGGGGCACACAGCACGGCCCCAGAGUCGGGGCCUUUACUGUGGGCAAACACUGCAGGUUGUUGUAUUCAGGAUACAGGUUAAUGGGGGUGAACAGUGUGACGAGUCAGGGUUGGCAUUUAAACACACAGCAGGUGUGUCUGUUCGACCCUUCAACCGGAGCCCUGCGUUCUGUCACCAUUCCGUUUCACUUGGCCCUCAGUGAUAAGAAAAGUGAGCGAGCUAAAGACAUGCACUUACUGAAGCGACUGACGGCUCUGCUGAAGAGCAGGGAGAUCGACCCAGCUCUUUUGGAAAGUGAGGCACAGAGUAUUCUGCUGGAGAUCAAACACCCUGCCGUUAAGAAACAGGCACUGGAGUCUCUGCUGGCCAAUAAGAACGCUCCAGUCUCAUGUCUGACCAACAUCACACAAGCUCUGUUGGCCAGCUUAAAGGAACAAGACCCUGAGGCUGUAGAUGAUGCUUUGCUGCAGUUGUGUUCCUCUCAGCUCAAACUGCUGCAGCUCUACUCGGAUGUUCAGCUGCUGCACUCACCUGAUACCUCACCUUCUGAAACAGAACCUCUCUCAUUAGCCGGUAUUGAAGAGGAUUUGGCUCGAAUUGGACCAAUCCUGCGGCGCUACACUGAGCUGAACUCCCGCCCCUGUGUCACAUUUGCUCAGGACCCCGGGGGGCCGCUACCUGUCAGAGCCUUCCUGUCCCAGCUGGUGUGUGAGGGAGGAGAGCUGCGUGUGAUCCGAGGCCCUGACACGGACUGGACACACCUCGGUAGUUUUCUGUUCUGGGGCUGCCUUUCUGGACAGAGCCCACUGGAGAAAGUGUGUGAGACAUUACAGCAGAGUGGCAUCAGCCCUCAGCAGCUGCUGUCUCUGCUGUUGACUGUGUGGCUGAACAGAGAGAAGGAGAUUUUAAAGAGAGCAGACGCCAUCAGGAACUUACACACACUCCUUAACACACUCAGCUCUAUGAAAGGAGCUGUGGAGGAGUCGUGGGACGUGCAGUGUAUCUCCCCCUGGUGGCAGCAGGUGCGUAGUGCCUGUGUGCAGUCAGAGAGCGCUGGCGCCGCCCUGCUGGCUGCACUCGUCGCACACCGCGCUGCGAAGAGCUCCAUCACCAGCCUGGCCGAGAGCAAGUUUCAGGGGGACUGGGAGUGUGUAUCUCUGGAGCUGGAGCAGUGGGUGGUGUGUUUGAGGCAGCUGGAGGACGUGCUGGCACUGCAGACGCUGUUGAGCCUGCCACCCCCCCAGGGAUCACCAGGAGGCGCCGCGCAGCGCUGCUCAGUCAAGUCCCUGCUGGAGAGCGGCCGAGGAGGCGUGGCAGACAGUGUAGCAAAGCUGAUCUUUAGGCAGGAUGUUCCUCCUGAAAUGCUGAAGGACAUUGUGCAGCAGAGGGAGGAGGAGCAGCACACGGAAGAGCCUGUGGAACAGCUGUUACAGCAGCAGCAGCAGCAGGUGGAGGAGGAGAAGGAGAUGAAUGGUGUUCAGAAACUAGAGGAGCUGCUGGCGUGUGUGUGUCAGCGCUUCCCCCACUCUCUCGCCAUUGAUGUGUUGUGGGCUCACUGCUGCUGGGAGUAUGUGGUACAGUGGAACAAAGACCCUGAGAUGGGCCGGUAUCUGGAGUGGUCAGUGGAGUAUCUAAAGAUGAUCUCUAGUUCUCAUAUUCAGUUAGGAAUCUCCAGUAUGAUGUGGAACACGUUUAUUGUGAAACGUUUCUCUGCUGCUGCUUUCCUAAUGGAAAAGGUGGGCAAGGCUCCGAAAGACCGACUGUGCAGACGGGACGUGGGGAUGGGUGACGCAGCCAUGACGAGUUUCCUGGGCUCGUGUGUGCAGCUGCUGCAGACUCUGAUGGAGGUCUCCUCUUCUUCUUUUCUUCCUCCUUAUGCUUUUUUCUCCAAAGCGGACUCUGGGGUGGAAGAGGCUUAUGUGCCAGAGCUGUGUGUGGAGGAGGUUUGGGGGUCCGCUGAGGGUCCGGCGUCUAUAGCAGAACUGGCUCUGCAGCAGAAGGCAGUUCACUACCCGCUGGUGCAGCACCACUGCCUGCUGGCGUCACUACUGCACGCAGCCAUGAGCUUCUCCCUGCGCCUCAAACCCCUCAGCCUCUUCGACAGCAAGGGGAAAAAUGCAUUUUUCAGGGAACUGACAUCAAUCCAACUCCUGCCCAGUGGUGACAUGGACCCUAACCUGGUUGCGAUCAGACAGGAGUUUUUGAUGCUUGUGUUGACUGGCUGGGUGAAGGCGGUCGGUGAAGCAGAAGACACUGGCUCUGCUAAAGUAAGCAGGGACAUGGACUGGCCAGCAGUGUGUAUGGAGCUGGCCUCUCUGCUGCAGGUCAAUGCUGACAUACUGCGCAGACAUCUCGUCUGGGAGCUCUACAACCAGGGCCUGGACCUGCGCGCUGAGGAGGUGAUGUUGGAGGUGGAGGAUAAAGAUGUGUUGGGCUCUCAGCUCCUCGUGCUUACCGGUCAGCGACUGGCCUUCUCUCUGCUGCACUCACAAACACAGACCAAAGCCACCAUGGAGCUUCUCGCACGAUUGCCCCCCACCCUGUGCACGUGGCUUAAAGCAAUGGACCCGAGUGAGCUGCGCUGUCCCUCAGUACCACUGAAGCAGAGCAGCCGCCUGGUGAGCAAAGUCAUCGAGAUGCUGCCGGAAAACCACGCCCAGUACAGCCUAGCACUCCACCUGCUGGAGACUGUGGACUCGCUACAGGAAAAUGAGUGAGGGAGAAGCAGAGAGAGCGAGAGAGACAGAGAGACGGUAGCAGGAGGUAGGGAUAAAGAGAGAUAGAGAGAUAAAUAGGGAUCAAAGGCAGGAGGAAGAAAUGGCAGAAACGGAUUUGGAGGGGAAAGAGACUUCUUAAGCACAGGUCUCUGACUGAGACUGGCUUAUUUUCAGGAGUUGUUUGUCACUUUUUAAAGUCUGCUUUAAUGUAUCUUGAGGGCUUUCAAGGCAAUCAGAGAUCAUCUGAAUCAAUCAAUCAGAUAACUGAAUAGUUGAGCAAAAAACAUCAAAUUUGCACAAUUUUCUACUUAUUUCAGAUGUAAAUAAAAAAAAAACAUUACUACCGUCUUAUUGUUUCCACAUUUACUGUCUACUGAUAAUAGGGGACACUUUGUAGUUCUAUAAUUAUAAUCUCCUUUCACCCGGUUCUUCAAAGCUUAGGACUCCACAGGAGAGACCACCACAGAUCAUCUGUUGGGUGGUGGGUCAUUUUUUUUUCUGAGCACUGGCAUUGGUUAGUACGUUGGUGGACUGAGUGGAUCAGGUGUAGCAGUGCUGCUGGAGCUUUUAAACACAGUACCAUAUUUUUCACACUAUAAGGCGCACUGGAUUAUAAGGAGCACUAUCAAUAAACGUCUAUUUUCUGGGCUAUUUUCAUACACAAAGUGCACUGGAUUAUAAGGCCAUUUAAGAAGACACUGUAAGAAACUUCUAAUUCACAAAGUUUUGCUGCUGGGUGGUGGUGGGGGGUAGUUAAGUAAAGCUAAGUAAACAAAACUGUAAUAAAAAAAGACAUUCUUUUAAAGUUAAAUGAGCGCUGGAUGUUAAUCUACACAGAUUUCUCAAAUAAAACUGUCUAUUUGGGUGAGUAAAGCACUUUCUUUUAUUUACAGUAAGCUUAGAUUAGCAAAUUUCUCCAGCACUAAGGCUAGAGCAUUAGCAUUAGCCGCUAACCACUUCAGCAGUUAGGGUUAGGAGUACAGGCCGAAAAUACUUACCUCUGAACGGUUAAAUAGCAAGCGCGGUUAGCAGCUAAUGCUAAUGACACUUCAGCCUUAGUGUUUUUCAGCGGAGUGGCUUUACUGUUCUUUACAACCUGACUGGUAAAUAUAAGGCUCACUGACGAUUUUUGGGAAAAUUAAAAGAUUUUGUGCGCCUUAUAGUGCAAAAAAUGUGGUAUUCACUCACUGUCCUCCACACUAUUACACACUCUUACUUAUAGCUGCUUCACCUUGUAGAUAAAGGCUUAAUCCCAUUUCACCCCUUGGCCCUACCACUUACCCCUACCUUUUGUUUUCGAGUGUAACCCUUCCUCUUGGAACAGAGUUACAAGAGGAAGGGGUGAAAACCUCACUCUAAAAAUUGGGACAACCCUUGAAGCACCCAAUAUGUCAUCUGAAGAGCUAAAGUUCAGUAACCUGGCUGCUGCUGGUUAACUAGUGAACUUUAGGGUUUUAUUGUAUGUCUUCAGAAAGAUUUAAGAUUCAAAGGGAGAUGGUGCAGAAAUUAUUAUUUUUCAUUCUAUAAUUCCACUGUGAUAGGGAGCUGAAAUUAGCUUUGAUUAGCUUUUAUUUUAUUUUAUUUUUUCGUUUCGUUCCAUUCUGCAGCCCCUGUCGUCUGUUGCGGAAAGUAAGCUAGCUAGCUAGCUACUGAGAAAAACUACUAGCGAUCUUUUUUUAUGCUUGUUAUGAGGAAUUUGGCCAUAGAAAAUUUAAACUACACAAUAAACUUGGUUAAUAAAGUGCUAAUCGUCACUUUCAACAAGAAAUAUACUUACAUUUGUGGGUUUCUGAUCAGUGAUUCUCAUACCCCUUUGGUUUAAAAUCUCUGUUUGAAGGGCUAACAAGCCUAUCCCUUCCCCUAACCUACCCCUCCAGCCUAACAAGAAUCAUGACACCCCUACCCUUUGGCGCGCACACGCAAAACAGAGGGGUAGGGGUAAGGGGUGAAAUAGGAUUGGGCCAAAUCCGAGACAGAAGCUCAUCUUCAUCCUCUACUCCAUCAUCAGUGCCCACAAGACGCUGCCAACGAGACGUUGGCCAACGUUGGACACUGUUGGCUGGAUAUUUGUGAUGAGUGGUCUAUUCUGAAUACAGUAGUGACUCAGAGGUAUUUAAAAACUCCAGCAGCACUGCUGUACCUGAUCCAAUAGUACCAGCACAACACACACUAACACCUCAUACACCACCACCAAGCUAAUCAGUGCAGUGCUUAAAAUAAUAAUGGCCCACCACCCAAAUAAACGUAACAGCUGCUCUGUGGUGGUCUAUUCUGUGGGAUCCUGAGUUUUGAAGAACCGUGUAAAAGGAGAAUAAUAAAUAUAAAGUACAAUAUAUAAAACAGAUACAGGACUACAAUCUGUAACUAUAGUAUUUAUAGAACUAUAACCAGUAUGUACAAUUAAAUAAGGAGAAAAUUGUGUAAACUUGCGUAAUAAAAAUAUUACUUUAGGUUCAGCAUCUUGUGGAGGCUGUAGAAACACAUAAUUGUUCAACAUCAGCAGUACGUAUAUCCUUAUAUAGCCUCUGUAGAGAGUCUUCUCAAGAAAACUGCUUUAGAAAAAAAGAGGAAAAAAAGCUAAUGAAAGAAAGAAAAAUGGACACAAAAAUCAGCAUCUGCAGUUCUAUGCACCUAAUCACAGACAGCAAACCGCGGGGCAUUCCUAAAUCAAGGCCUUACUGAGUAGUGCCCAGUGCUGCUACUGUAAUAUGCAGUACUUUAUCAUAUUGUGAUCUGUAUUAUAGUAUAUUAUUGGGUGGAGAGACAUGGGUGAAACUAGGUCCUUCAUGUAGCUCUUCAUUCAGUCAUCAUUCACCAUUCAUCUUCAUCCAGCAUAUCUUCAGUAGUGUCAAUAGACUCCAACAUUGGCUCACAUUGGCGUCCUCUUAUCUCUUAUCUUUUUCUUUUCCUUGCUCUCUUGAUCUAUUAGAGUAAAGAAGUCAGGUCUGUAUCCAGUGUAAUGAAAAGUAUUUUUGUGCAUCUUCGUUAGGAUACAGGCUCUGGAUCAUAUACAGAUUAUAUGGAGUAUAUAACACAGAGGCUCUGCGCUGUAACACACAAGCACGAUUCUGCACAGGUGCUGCUGUUUCCUACUGUAUAGAAGCAAAAAAAAAAGCAGCAGCUACGUGCAAAAUUAAUCAAACAGGGCUUUGCACUGCUUUGCUUUAGCCAUAAAUGACACGUUUGGCCCUCUGUUCAGAUAAUAAGUUCAGUUAUUGUAAUAUGAACCAAAACAUAGGCUUGGUAGCUUGCCACAUACACUUGGAUGCACUACUAAGAAGAUGAGUUGAGAUAUUUAAGUGUUUAUAGCUGUUUUAAGAUCAUAAUGAGAUUUUGAAUGUAAACUUAAAGGAGGAAAGCAGAGGGUUAAUAAUAAUAACAGUACAGUACAAAAAACAGUAAAGUACAUUUCACAGAAAUGAUCCCGUAAUUGUUGACAUUGCUACACAUCCAUACAGUAUAGGGGUGUAACAGUAUAUAUACUGUAUUUUUCGCACUGUAAGGUGCACCGUAAUACAAGGCAAUCAGUGAACGCCUAUUUUCUGGUCUAUUUUCAUACAUAAGGUGAACCAGAUUAUUAGGCGCAUUUUAAGCGACACUAGUAGGGAACAGGGGUUUCGCCAUAUUUUUCUUCUAAUUUAACAGGUCUCACCGCUGAGUGGUGAUGGUGGUGGGGUAGUUAAAUAAGCUAAGUAAAAAAAAAAGAAAAAAAAAAAAGCUCUAUCUACACAGAUUUGUAUUCUGAAAACUGUUCAUUUGGGUGAGUAAAGUGCUUCAGUUUAUUUACAGUAAGCUUAGAUUCCCAAAUUUCUCCAGCUCUAAGACUGCAGUAUUAGCAUUAGCGGCUAAGGCCGCCUGACAGCACUACUCUAAGGAACCCUGGGUGUUCCGGUAAACCAGGGCAAUAUUAUCUAUGAUAAAUGUGCAGACUACAGUCCAAUAUGCUCACCUCUGAACAGAGAAAGAGCUAGCGCUUAGCAUGGUUAACAGGUAAUGAUAAUGCUGCUCCAGCAGUGCUAGCCGGGAUUAGCAGCAGGCUACAGACCGAUAUACUCACCUCUGAACAGUAAAAGAGCUAGCACUUAGCACGGUUAGUGGCUAAUGCUAAUGCUGCUCCAGCCUCUGUGCCUCAGGCUAAACUGUAACUUCUGUAUAACGCUGUACUUCAACAGAGUGGCUUUACUGCUCCUUACAACCUGACUGGUAAAAUUAAUUUUUCAGUUAUUAUUGGCUAAUUGAUUUUUUCAGAUUAAUCUGAUAUUUUUUCUUUUCCAAAUUUGAUCCAGUUUAUUUUGGGUUUAUUUGAACUUAAAUAAUUUGAAAAAAAGCAGGGUUCAUUCAGAGUAUUAGAGCUGAGGAAACCCAAUUUAAGUGCUUAUUACCACAUAAAGUGCUUUUUUUUUUUUUUUUUACUUACCUUUUUAUUGACAAACUUUUUUUUUUUACAAUUUAAUUCACAAUUUCGGCCACACAGUUCAGAACGAGAAAACCAUACAACUGUGCAACAGCAUAAAUACACAUGUACAUAAGUACACUGUUACACCCUUAUACAAAACAGUACUAAACAAAAUCCAUCCUUCAUGUGUGCCUUUAUUCUGUUUUGCUUUGUGUACAAGGAUAAACAGUCAGACAGUACAAAGCAUUUUCUCAUUCAUAAGUAAAGAGAUAUUUUUGUUUUCUGCAAAUCUUUAAACACACUUUUCUCUCUUAAUAAACUCAAACACAUUUACACAGCUUUAAGGAGGAACCUCUGCCAUGGCUUUAGGAAUUAUAUCAAUAAAACAAACUAUAAAACCUG